AUGCGGCCAAAGCCUCACAUCGUGCAAAUCGCCAGGACGUUCCUCCCGUUCGUGCUGAGCAGAAAGUUCCACAUGGCGCCAAGCAAGAACCCAGCCAUCGUCCGACUCGCAAAGGACGACGGAGAACUGAGCAACGGUGGUGUGUUGCGCCCCCGAGAAGCCAUGGAGACGGCACGGUCAUGGAAGCAUUUGCAUAGAUUCACUCCUCAGCAGAUGGCCGACCAGCCACUCUUCCAUGAGCUCCCAGAUGACUUUCCCGAUAUACAAGGGAAACUCGACGCCUUCAAUUGUACUGCGGUCCCCUUCACCGUGUUCGACAUUUCCCUGGUCAAGGAUGACUGA